AUGAUGAUUGUCAGAAGGAUUUGGCAUAAACGGGCUUCGAGCUCCACCCCACGAUUUCUCUACCCAUAUACUAAAACUACUCCUCAAUCUCCACCUCUGUCUCCAUUAACGGCCCACAAAAUUUCAUUCACUGGUUACGCCAGUAACUCUAUCAACAUUGACUAUAGUGAUAAAGUGGGUUGCUGUUUGUUUUCAAGUCAAGCUUUGGCUGAUGUGGGGACUAGCAGUGGAAUUGUUGACGUGCCUUUAGCUCAAACUGGUGAAGGUAUUGCUGAAUGUGAACUCCUCAAAUGGUUUGUGGAAGAGGGGGAUGAAGUUGAAGAAUUUCAACCACUGUGUGAAGUACAGAGUGACAAAGCGACUAUUGAGAUAACGAGUCGUUACAAAGGAAAAGUUGCUCAAUUUCUCUAUGUUCCAGGAGAUAUUGUAAAGGUCGGAGAGACUCUUCUCAAAAUGGUAGUUGAGGGAGCUCAAGUUCCAAUGCAGAAACAUGAUGUUACUGAAAACAUUAGCUCUCAUUGUUCUGAGGGUGAGGCAAAGAAGAGUAAAACUGGUGGAGUCCUGUCAACACCAGCUGUGCGAUACCUUGGAAAGCAAUAUGAUAUAAAUCUAAAUGAUGUCCAUGGAACUGGUAAAGAUGGGAGGUUAUUAAAAGAAGAUAUACUUAAACAUGCUAUUCAGAAAGGAAUCAUUAAAGAUUCCUCUGGCUUAGAUAAUGCUGAUUCUGGAGAUCAAUUUUUGAGAGGCGAAGAGUACCAAUAUGUGCCAGCAGAAUUAGGAUCGCAACAUGAUGAUAAGACAGUUCCCCUAAGGGGAUUCCAACGCACAAUGGUGAAAACAAUGUCUAUGGCUGCAAAAGUUCCACAUUUCCAUUAUGUAGAAGAGAUAAAUUGUGAUGCAUUAGUGGAGCUUAAAGAAAGUUUCCAAAAUGAUAAUACUGAACCAGGUGUGAAGCAUACUUUCCUACCAUCUCUGAUAAAGUCACUUUCAGUGGCAAUGAGCAAAUAUCCAUGGAUUAAUAGUUGCUUCAAUGAGGACUCAAUGGAGGUCAUCCUGAAAGGUUCCCACAAUAUUGGAAUUGCUAUGGCUACUCCAUCUGGUCUAGUUGUACCCAACAUAAAGAAUGUUCAGUCUCUUUCCAUCUUGGAGAUAACAAAGGAGCUUUCACGGUUGCAACAAUUGGCCUUGGCUAAUAAGCUUAACCCGGAGGAUAUAACUGGUGGAACAAUAACUCUAAGUAACAUUGGAGCAAUUGGUGGGAAGUUUGGUGCUCCCAUCCUCAACUUGCCUGAAGUGGCAAUUAUUGCUAUUGGCCGAAUUCAGAAAGUGGCUCAUUUUGCAGAUGAUGGAAAUGCAUAUCCUAUAUCAGUUAUGAUGGUAAACAUAGGUGCAGAUCAUAGAGUUUUGGAUGGGGCGACUGUUGCAAAAUUUUGCAAUGAGUGGAAACAGUUAAUUGAAAAACCAGAGCUGCUCAUGCUGCUUAUGAGAUGA